AUGCCCCCAGCAAAGAUACCAGGCUACUACUUUGAUGAAUCUCGUGGAAGGUACUUUAAGAUAACAAAUGGGGCUGUUACCACGAGUGAUGGUGUGUCUCAAAAGUAUCACAACAACUCCGUACAAGCAGAAAAGCGUAAUCAACACUUUGAUAGUGUAGAGAAACUAGAGCAGAGCAAACACGACAAACUUAGACAGAAGAAGCGUCGUGGCCAACAUGUCAUCAGAAACCCCCACGCCAAGCCUUUUGCAUCGUCAGAGAAACUCGAACAAAGACUACGAAGAAUUGAACAGGACAAUCUCGCAUUCGUUGGCUUCAAAACCGGAACCAUUAAUUUGGACAAUAUCUACUAUAAAGGUGAUAUCGUUGAUAGAGCAAAAUUGGGAGACAUUCCGGCGCGGAAACAAGACGUACCGCCGCAUGGCGAAAUUGUGGCUUUUCACAAAGAGUACUUUAUCGUGGCGACAGAAAACCAAUGGGGUGACGACGUCCUAGGUUUAGUUGCUUUCACUAACUCAGGUCAAAUGUACGCCACUGAGCAGUGUACUUAUUGCGAGAAAAAUGGCGAGUACUUGAGAUUAACAUCUGGUCUGAUCAUGAAUACUGUUUUUGGGAACAAAAAUUAUCAAAUCAGUUCUACAUACGCAGGAUACGAUAGUUCUGAUAAUAGAUCCGAUAUUCUACAGGUGUGUUAUUUUCUGGGACUCAGGUUUUGUACCGUACUCAAGUUUCAAACGUUUUCUUUAUCCAAUUUUGGUCGUUUUGAGGAUUUGACACUACCGUUGAUGAAAUUUCUCAAGAAUCAGUUCUCCAAAUUACAUACAAAGGGUCGCGCUCUUAGCAAGAUAUUUGGAUUAGACGCAUUUGAAUUGGUGGGUUCAUCCAAGUCCAGUAUUGAAGAAAUGAAUUUGUUGUUGAAGAAUAGUAGCGCCAAUGAUACUUUGGUGGAGACUCGCUUGAAUACGUUUUUGUCAACGCACGACAAAUUCAAGCCAAAAUAUUUCUACCGGCCAACAAAUAAUAAAGUUAAGUAUAGGAUUGAAAAUUGUGUUGUACUGGAAGGUCGAAUAGUGAUUAUAACUACAGAUGGCCAAAUUGUCUAUUUUGAGUUGAAUCAUGAGUCGAAAAGAUUUGAAAAUUUUAAACUAUUUACAACCAAGGUGUUUAUGGUGGCAUGUCAGCUUGCUCUACUGGGAGAUUUUAUCUAUGUUGGUACGUCCAAGGAGAUUUUGGCAAUCAACUACAAAGAUAAACAGUUGGAACGACAUGCCAUUCAUGGACUUCGAAAGUUUUUCAUUUUAUCACCAACACAAUGGUUGAUUAUCACUCGGAACCAAAUUUGUUUCUACGACUCCACAAUGGAAAAGCUUGACUUGAUAAUGUCAUACAACAACAAGAACGACGCUCGUCAACAAUUUGAACUUGUCAAUAAUCACUUGAUCUUUAAUGUGGACACCAAAUUUAAGGCGAUUAACUUAUCUCGAGCAGUUGUUGAACAAUCGGCGAUAUUGGAAAUACAAACUGAGACUUCUAAAAGCGGGAUUUUCAAGGACUUCAAGUUGGAUCGCAUAAUCGACAUGGGGAUUCAAAAUGGUUUCACGGUUGUAGGAUUUCAAUUCGUAUCUCAAGACCUGGUGUAUGGCAAAUUUGAAUCGCAUUACAUUUAG